CUGUGAAUGUGAUGAUCACGGCCAGCAUGUGGUCCGAUCGGAGCCGCAUUUUGCUUAGCAAUUCUACGUGUAUGGUGCAUCAAUGUUCAAUUCGUCUACAAUGUUCUGUUUUCGUUUUCGGUGAAUAAAUUGUGUACAUGCGAUUGACGCCAAACUUUUGUAGUUAUCUGUAAGAUAUCUUUGUUGCUGCUGUUUAGUUUUUACAUCAUGUGUGAAACAUUAGCGGUUAUUGCAGUAUUAAUUCUUCGUCAUCAGAUUCGUGCUGCAUUUAGCAGACUCUCUUGCGAGGCUCAAAUCGUUCCUGUGUAUGUUAGUUUCUGGCUUCCGAACCUCGCUUGAUACAUGGCAGCUCGUAUGCCUCGGCUUGGGCAGAUGCGUCCAAUGCCAACAUCCAUAGUUGUGUAAGAUAUCAACAAUUCUGGGAAGGGGGAGGCCUUUUCUCCUAAGAAAUCUAUACUUCCCUUGCUGAAGGGGGAAGUAGAAAGAGAGGCCUGCCAUGAAAAGGGCAUCGUAUCCCAAUGCAUUAGGUGUGGUGGCAGUAGCAUAUCUGGGAGCAGAUUACUUGAGAGAAAUCCUCCCGGGGCUGCACGAGAUUCUAAGACCUGUUAUUUGGGGAGUCUUUGCUGUAGCAAUUGUAUGUCGUGCCCUGAACUACGAUUACUGGACCCAGGAGCUUAGGUCGAUUGGAAUGUUCGUAGGUUCCCUGGUGUUCAUGGUUUGUUGUCUCUUCGUGGAGGCUGCGGCUAUGCAAUAUGUGACUGCUGUUCUGGGUAUGGAUUGGCACUGGAAUACUGCGCCUCUGCCAGAUUCAGGACAAUGGACGGUCCUAUUUUCGAACGAGAAGCUUCCAAAAGUAAUUGUGGCUCUUCUACGAGAGCCAAUCAUUGGGCUUCAUCAUUAUUUGAUGCUAUUCCUCCUUUUGGCAUUUUCGGUGUUGUAUGGUUGCGUGAAAGCUCCGGGUAUGGCACUGGGUGCGCGCUAUAUGUUCACCAUGGCAUGCGGAAGGCUCAUCCGAGUUUCGACAUUUACUGCAACUAUUCUGCCUUCGGCAAGACCCUGGUGUGCUCAGGCACGUUUUACAAUCGCCAACCACCCACAUCCAUGGGCACAGAAGUACUACGUGCCGUACUCGAAGGACCCUCGAAUGGUCCAACAAAUCAUCAGUCGGGACGAGGCAUUUGCGUCACUUGAAAACUACCCUGCAGAAUACGUGCCCAACUGGGGUUCACUGCAAUUUCUGGUGAACAUAUUGAGACCCAGAGAUCCUGCAAAGACUGGGCAGACAGGAUAUGACUGGUUUAACACGUUUAAGAACAGUGCCGCCGGUGGAUGCAAUGAUCUUAUGUUCAGUGGUCAUGUAUUCGUGGCAGUUUUAACAGCCAUGGCUUGGCAGGAGGCCUAUCCUGGCUGGACUUCGACUUUAAUAUGGCUACUAGUUGUACAUACUGCACAAAGGGAAAUUCGUGAACGACAUCAUUAUAGUGUAGAUGUAGUCACGGGGGUUUAUUUUGGGAUUUUUUUAUGGAAUACAACAGGAUGGAUCUGGGCAAGUAGGGACCAACAGAAGGAGCUCAAACUUAAACUUUUAGCUGCAGUGGAGGAUGACAUCCAGAAGGCUGCCAAAGACGGCAAUCUUGAGAAGAUUACAUACAUGUUGAACAAAGUCAGUACUGCCAAUAAAGACAAUGAGCAGAAAGAUAAAGUUUCUUAUUGGUUUACAAUGCUUUUGGGAUGUUUUGUAUUGUUCAUGACACUAGGUCUAGGGCUGCUGACUUUUACAUGGACAGCAAAUGGUUGAUUUGCCACUAUUUUCUCAAACCUCAGUUGCUGCUUCAUCUGACCCCUUGAUUGCAUGUCCUCCCUGGAGAAUAUUACAUAUCACAUCAUAUUUUCCUCUUCUCAAGCUCAAAUUUGAAUUAUGGGUAUAGUAGCACCACCAGGAACUAGUAGGGUUGAUUUGAGGGAAUGAUUCCCAUUUCAAUCAUUCUUUCUAUUGUAGAUAUUGUGAAACAUGUGAACAUGAGCAUGGAGCAGUGAGGGCCAAGAGAUUAUCAAAUGAUCCAAUUCAAAGUGGAUUCACAUGUGAAGGAAGUUUUUUGACCAUUUAAUAGGAAUACAGCAUUUUGAAUA